AGAACCAUCUAUAUAUCUCAACAAAGCCAACUUCUAUUAUAACGUGUGUUGAAAUGGAGACGACCGGUAGCAAGAUGCUGAAGCCGGUGCACUCGGCGCCGCACCCGCUCGCAGGCGAGAUGGUCCCGCUGACGCUCUUCGACCGCGCCGCCAUGGACAUCUUUGUCUCCCUCAUCCUCGUGUACCCCGCGCCGACUCCGUCCAACGAGGCACUCGUGGAGGGCCUGCGCAGGGCUGUCGCGCCGUACCCUCACCUGGCCGGGCGGCUCGCCGUCGACCACUCAGGCAGGCGCUCCAUCUACCUCAACAACGACGGCGUGCUUGUCCUGGACACCGAGGUCCCUGUCGAUAUGGCGAGCGUGGUCGCCGACGGCUGCUUUACCGCCGCCACCGAGGGCCUGUACCCUGCACUGCCACCGCCGGAGGAGAACGUCGGGGCGGCGCUGCUGCAGAUCAAGCUGAACCGGUACAAGUGCGGCGGCCUCGUGAUCGGCAUCAUCCACCACCACCACGCAGCCGACGGCCGCUCCUUCAGCAACUUCCUCACCACGUGGGCCAGCGCAGUUCGCCAAGCCAGCGAAUUCACCGCCCCGUCCCCUUCCCUCGACCGCGCGGCGACCGCCGUGCCUCGGAGCGUGCCGAUGCCGGCGUUCGACCACCGGUGCAUCGAGUUCAGCGGAGAAGAAGACGGCUGCCGUAGCUCCUCCUACUCCCACCCCACGUGCAAGAUCAAGAAUCUCACGUUGCGCUUCACGGCCGAGUUCGUCGCAGAGCUCAAGGCCCACGUCGGCACCCCAUGCAGCACGUUCCAGUGCCUUCUCGCGCACGUGUGGAAGAAGAUCACGGCGGCGCGCGGCCUGAAGCCCGACGAGUUCACGCAGGUCAGGGUGGCCGUGGACUGCCGGGGCAGGGCCAACCGUGCCGUCCCGCCGGACUUCUUCGGGAACAUGGUGCUGUGGGCAUUCCCGAGGCUCCAAGUCCGGGACGUCCUGGGCUGGACCUACGGCAGCGUGGUAGGCGCCAUCCGCGACGCCAUUGGGCGUGUCGAUGCCGCGUACAUCCAGUCGUUCGUGGACUUCGGGAGCGUGGCGGACGCGAACUGGGAGGAGCUCGCGGCGACGGCGCCAACCUCCGGCGCCAUGCUCUGUCCGGACCUGGAGGUGGACGGCAGUCUGGGUUUCAGGUUCCACCAGAUUGACCUCGGCAGUGGGCCGCCAUCCGCGUUCCUCAUGCCGGACUUGCCCGUCGAGGGGCUCAUGACAUUUGUGCCGUCGUGCUCAGCCGAGGGCAGCGUCGACGUCCACAUGGCCGUCGCCGAGGAUCACGUCGCGGCGCUUGAGCAUAUAUGCUACUCCUUGGACGAAAGAGCUAAACCGAAGUUGUAAAAUGCUCCAUUAGUUUUGAAGGCCGAUCGCUUUGCACAC